CCGCCGCUUGCUUCUAAUGUAAGCCUUUUUUCCUACAUAUUUGGUGUUGUUUAUUGUACGUUGGGUAUUGUGAUCUGGGUUAGAAGCGUUUCGAAUGUGUAUGCUGUUUGUUUGUUGUGGUUUUAACCCUGGGGCAUUGAGAGCCGCAAGCCAAGUUGGAACCUCGAUUCAACGGCCUAUCACGUCUCGAGUCCCUCCAUCUGUACCGAGUUACACCGCACGGCCCUUGACGACAUCACAACAGUUCUCUUCACCGCAGAGGAGCGGUCUCCCUUCAUCCCGGCGGACGAGCGUUCUCCUAUAUUGCUUUAUCAUAUCCAUUCCUUCACCGCAACCAGACACCGCACCUUCGAUGUCAUCUUCUGGCAUAUGGCUCCUGCCAAAGGACACAGGGGUCCCCGUUCCCUCAUGUCUCCAGCACGGUCUAAGCGAUACCCUGCAUGAAUCUCACGCCAGAACCACAUCGGCGAAACCUUCCCUCUCUUCCAGCAGUGGGAUAUCUGUCGAGAGAUGCCUCUGCCCGCCGCCGAUCGGCGACCGAUCGACAACGGUACCAGCCGCCGUGCUGGCACCGAUCAAGGGUCUCCUCACGUCUUCCUUCUCCUUCCCUCACAUUCCGGGAUCCGAGAAACCCUGGCGUUGGGUUUGAGAUUGACGUGACGGUGUGUGUCGUUUCGCUUGGUUGUUGACGCAGGGGGGGGGAACAUCCCAACCAGAACCCUGCGUGCAGUCACUGGUGAGUGACAAGGAAUCCCCCCCCCCCCCCUUUUUUUUUUCUUCCACACACCGCGGGCUACGUGGACGGGCCGGCACCACGACAAGCAUCGCCCGGAAGCAAGAAGCUCUCGUCCGCGGCAUGCGGUGACGCCCGAGGGACGCAUGCAACACGCCCAGUCCAGGUCCAGAAUGCUGCUGCUGCUGCAGGUCCUGCCCUCGCCCUUCACCCCCCUUCCCCCAACCCCCAACCCCCCCUCCCCUUUCCGACUUGCGGUCUACCU